GAUGAGGACGGAGCAUUGAUCUCUAACGUCAACGGGGUGGACAUCUAUUUGAAUGAGGAGAACAUUCAAAUCCUCACCGGGCUUCGUCGGGAUGGACAGGAUCUCCGGCUCUACGUUGGAGAAGGAGCAUGGUUCAACGAGACCGCUCUCUUGGAGGAAGUGGGCAUCCGACACUUCGUCCCCACUCCCCAACAGCGGCGCCCUACGAUUGCUUCCAUGAGCCCCGUGUUUCGAUUCAUUUUUUAUGUUUUGACACGGAUUCUCAAGCCUAGAAAGUUCAAUCACACCACUCUCUCCCAGGAGGACACGAAGACAAUUCAUGCGAUGAUUCACAACGCCAAUCUCAAUUGGUGUAAAUUUGUGAUGACUCAAAUGUUCACGGCCACCUCCGACAAUCGGCCGCUCCCCUACACCCUCCUUGUCAUGGCGAUUCUUGAAGAGUAUAACAUCAAAACCGAUGUUGGGCCAAAGAUAAAGGGGACAAAGCAUUGGGAGAUUGAUGAAUCCUCUUUCCACUCGGGCACCGACGAGACUCCGUUUCGACAGCCUCGUCCACGCCGCCAACCGAGAGCCACUGCCUCAGCCGCCACCACUUCGACCAAUCCUUCUCUUGCCGAGCAAAUGGAAGCCUUGACCGCCACUCUCUCUCGGAUUGACACGAACGUCUCUAAAACGGCACACAACGUCAAUAUCUUGAGCCGUGAACUUCACAGGUAUUUUGACUUUGUCAAUUACCCGUACGCUCAAAUGGUCCCUUACGUUCCUCCACCGAAUUUCGGAGGUGAACAAAGUGGGACUCAAAACGUUGGUAGAGAUGAAGAAGUGGACGAUGAGGAAGAGGAAGAAGAAGAGGAAGAAGAAGCCGAUGAUGAUGAUGAUGAUGGCGAUGGUGAUGAAGAAGAAGAAGAAGAAGAAGACAUUGACGAAGAACAACUUCUCAAUGAUCUUCCCCCGGAUUUCUAGAGCUCUAGCUCUACUUUCUUCUCUUCCUUAUUUUAUUAUCUCUUAAUACGCUUUCGUUAUGUACUCCGUUAUUUCCCUUAAUUAAUUAAUAAAAAUCUUUAUGAUUU